AUGCGCUUACUGAAACUGAGUUUUUAUGGAAUAGAAGGCAAACCAGCAUUCGGAUCAUCUGAUGAACUCCCAAAAGACCUGCAAAAUUUCUUGGAAUGGCUGACUUACCCAAAAGAGGAGACUUUAGAUCCACAACCAGAAACGUUGACCUUCAAACCACCAUACCAGGAUGAAGAACUCAUGGAACAGAUGCCCGAAACGCGAACGGAAAAUGGAGAUGACUUAUUUGCUUCAGUUUCUAAUAGAAAAAAUACCAGUGUGGGUAAGGUUAAGGUGUGGCAGCAACAGACAGACGGAUUACCUGAUGGUAAGCAAUUGGCGCCGCACAUGAAAACCCGCCAGAUCAGAGGAUUUACGGAAAAUUUUGAAGAAGAACACGCUUCAGAAGUGAAACAACUAAAUGAAGAGAAUAUCAUGGAUAUCAGGGCUCAUUACUUAGACUGUAUCCAUGCCCUGCAGGACCUGAUGGACCAGUAUGAUGGCAUGAGUGAUGACGAUAAGAGUAAAAUGAUGGGUGUAAAAUCGUACCUUGACAGUCAGCUAAAAUAUUUAAACAAACAAAUGGCUGGUUACGAUUUGUAUUCGCUUUUCGAAAAACAAAAUCUAGUGCGACUCAAAAGAAAUACAAAAGAGAAGAAACAACCAAAAGGAAAUAGACUGCGGAGAAAACUCCAUAAAUUUAUCAAGAAUUUUGGCAAGAAACACACGAGAACCACAGCCAGCUUCUACGACGGUGUUCAAAUUACAGAUAUGAAAAGGGUGACGGUUAAAAACAAUGAACGGAUCAUGCAAACGGUUGGGAAGGAUGACAAAUUAGCUAAAAGGAACCUAAAGGACGUGUACUAUAAAGCGGUGGCUGAUGCUAAAAAACAUGCAACGGCUACCAAAAACGUUCACAAGAAUAGUAAGGUCCCACAGUAUGAGUCUAGCACGACAAAAAUGAAUAAUUGA